GUGACUGGUAGUGGAAAUAAUAAAAGCUCGAACAAAUGGAAAAUUGGAGUCUUCUUUGCCCCACUCCAACCUGUUACUCCACCAGAUUUUCCACCUCCGAUUUAGGGUUUUGACUCUUUCUCCUCUCCUCCGAUUUGUCUCUCUUCCUCUCCCUCUUCACGUUUUACAGGUCAACAAACAAAUAGCUAUUUGAUGGAUUCUUUUCUUUUGGUAAUGGAUUAAGCACGAGUCUUUGAAGCACAAGAUUCAGUAAAGUUAUGGGUUUCUACCUUCUAAUGUUUUUCUAAUAGGAUGCUCUUGACACAUGCUGUUGCACAAAAAAAAUCCUUAUGCGUUUCAGAUGUUGAGCUACGGAGUUCUUAUUCUGGGUAGCUGUCUCCGCUCAUUUGACUACAUGUUGCUCUUCUAGGAGAGAUCUCUAAGUUGAAGAUACUACUGCAGUUCGUGCCAACUGUGGAUCACAGAUGGAUGACAGUGGGCAUCGUGAAAAUGGACGACACAAACCACCUCAGGGUCAGUGGUUUAUGCAGCAUCAACCUUCCAUGAAGCAGAUAAUGGCCAUCAUGGCCGAAAGAGAUGCUGCCAUUCAAGAAAGAAAUCUAGCUGUUUCUGAGAAAAAAACAGCCAUGGCUGAGCGAGACAUGGCUAUCCUACAGCGCGACUCAGCAAUUUCCGAACGGAACAGUGCCAUUAUGGAACGAGAUAAUGCCAUUGCGACCCUACAAUAUCGUGAAACCACAAUGACCAGCGGCAAUAUGUCCCCAUGUCCCCCAGGAUGCCAAAUAUCCCGCGGUGUGAAGCACAUGCACCACCCCCAGCAACACAACAUACACCAUCAACCCCACAUGAGUGAUUCUCCUUACAAUUCAAGGGAAAUGCAUGCUAGUGAGCCCCUCCCGAUGUCGCCAGUUCCCUCAGAGCCUGCAAAGCCUAGGCGAACUAAUAAAAGACCGAAGGAGCCCAAGGCGACGACAUCCAACAAAAAGCCUUCCAAAUCUACAAAAAGGGUUAAAAGGGAGGGAGAAGACCUGAAUAAGCUUGUGUUUGAUAAAUCCCAUGACUGGAAUGGCGAACAAGAAAUUGGUUUCUCUAAUAAGCCUGACUGGAAGGAUAAGGACCUCGGGUUGAACCAGGUGGCGUUUGACGAGUCCAUGCCUGUGCCUGUUUGCUCAUGCACUGGAGUUCUUCGUCCGUGCUAUAAGUGGGGGAAUGGAGGGUGGCAGUCUUCGUGUUGCACCACCACCAUCUCGGUAUAUCCGCUGCCAGCUGUGCCUAAUAAGAAGCACGCGAGGGUUGGCGGGAGGAAGAUGAGUGGAAGUGCAUUCAACAAGUUGCUUAGCCGGCUUGCAUCAGAAGGUCAUGAUCUAUCGCAUCCGAUAGAUCUUAGGGAGCAUUGGGCAAAGCACGGAACGAACCGCUACAUCACUAUUAAGUAGAAUGCAAGAGAUGUUGGAUGGGUGGGGGAAACAAAUUGGUAGCAGAUUAAGAAGGCAGGUAUGGAUUCUUGGUUCUUUUGGUCAUAGGUAAAUGGAAAUGUAUCAUUACGGAAGUAACAGCAACUGUUGAAUAAGUAACAGCCAUUCAAGUGCUGCUCACGUUCUCUUCGUUUUGCUGUGUUUUGUAACCUAUACUUCAUAUGGCUGUUUUAUCAUUCUCUUGGGUUCAGCUAUAGUUGAUUGUGGUGAACAUGAGGCAUCUAUUCCUGUAAGUUAGGUAAUUUCAAGGUUCGAAGUCUUGUUGUACAAGUGUUAUAACAUUCUAGGUAGGGUCAUUGUCAUGUACUCAGACUUCAGUUAGCUGUGUUUUCUCAGCUCACUGGUACCAUAUGACUGAUGACCCAGAAGCUGUAAAACUAGUGUUAAUAUUUCAGAAGUUCAUGUUUCAGCA